AUGGAUCAGCAACGAUUCCUGCAGCAACUGCAGAUCAUCUUGAACCCUGCCAACGGCAACUUGAAGGAUGCCACUGGUGUCCUGCAGAAGGAGUUCUACAAUAAGCCCGAAUCAUUCCUCUUCCUCCUUCAGAUUGCCACUACCCACGAAAAUGAAGACCUCCGUCAGUUGGCUGCUGUCGAGGCUCGAGGCCUCGUGGGCAGGUUUUGGCUGAAGACCCCUGCAAACCAGAAACCUCAAAUCCGGGAGCAGCUAUUGCGCGGAACUAUGAGCAGCAACUCCGAGCUCGUCCGCCACGCUAUUGCUCGCAUUGUCUCAUCGAUAGCCAAGAUUGAUCUUCCCGAUGGCGAGUGGGCUGAUUUGCCAAACUUCUUGCUCCAGGCCGCCCAAAGUGGAAACAAGGAUGAGAGGGCGAUUGGCGUCUACAUUUUCUUCACAAUCCUCGAGUCUUUGGGAGAGGGCUUUGAGGAAAAAUUCAAAGAUCUGUUUGCCCUCUUUAGCAAGACCAUCCGUGACCCUGAGAGUGCCGAGGUUCGCAUUAAUACUCUGUUGGCUUUGAGCAAGCUAGCUAUGCACCUCGACUCGGACGAGGAUGUGGCUCCUGUCAAAGCAUUUCAGCAGGUCCUCCCCGAUAUGGUGCGUGUUCUCAAGGACGCCAUUGACAGCACCGACGAGGACCGCAUCAUGCAGGCCUUCGAGGUUUUCCAGACCCUGCUUGGAUGCGACCCAGCCUUGUUGAACGUCCACUUGAAUGACUUGAUUACUUUCAUGAAUGAGAUUUCUGCAAAUACUCAGCUGGCUGAGGAUACCCGUACACAGGCAAUCAGCUUCUUGAUGCAGUGCGUCAAGUACCGCAAGAUGAAGGUCCAAGGCCUCCGUGUCGGUGAACAACUCACUCGCACUGCCCUUCACGUUGUCACUGAGCUCGAUGACGACGAUGACGAGGAUGAAAUCACUCCCGCUCGAUCGGCUCUUGGAUUACUCGACAUGCUUGCCCAAAGCCUGCCUCCAAGCCAAGUCGUUGUUCCUCUUCUCCAGGCCCUUGGUCAAUACUUCACUAGCGAAAAUCCUGACUACCGUCGUGCCGGUAUUCUGGCUUUGGGUAUGUGUGUUGAGGGUGCUCCCGACUUCAUCAGCAGCCAGUUCGUCGAAAUCUUCCCCAUGGUUCUCCAUCUCCUCCACGACAAGGAGCCAAAGGUUCGCCAGGCCACCCUGCACGGUGUUGCCCGCCUUGCCGACGACCUCGCAGAGGAUGUUUCCAAGGAACACGCCAAGCUUAUGCCACUAUUGGUUCAGAACCUUGCCAGUGCCAUGCAGAACUACAAUGGCGAGGAAACUGGCCCUAUCGUCAAUAUCAUGAAGGCUGCUGUCAGCUCCAUUGAUGCUGUUGUCGACGGUCUGGAUGAGAAGGACGUCAUCCCUUACCAAGAUGAAGUUGUUCCUCUUCUACACAAGCUCUUCCAACACCCCGACUUCAAAAUCAAGGGUCUUACUGCUAGUGCUAUUGGAUCGCUCGCUUCCUCUGCCGGUGAAGCUUUCCUCCCAUACUUUGAGAAGUCGAUGCAUCUCAUGCAAGAGUACGCUACCAAGAAAGAGAGCGAAGAGGAACUUGAUUUGCGUGCCAGCAUUAUCGAUGCCAUGGGCGAGAUGUCCGCGGCUGCUGGUCCUCAAAACUACCAACCAUAUGUCGAACCUCUCAUGCGUGCUAGCGAAGAAGCUCUCCACCUGGACCACUCUCGUCUUAAGGAGAGUACCUACAUGCUGUGGGGCUCAAUUUCCAAGGUUUACGGGGAAGACUUCAAGCCAUUCCUAGACGGUGUUUUCAAGGGCUUGAGUGCUUGUAUCGAGCAGGAGGAAGCCGAUCUUGAGGUCGAACUUGGAGAUGCCGCCAAGGAUCUCGUUGGUCAAGAAGUUAGCAUUGGCGGUCGCAAAGUCAAAGUCGCCGAGACUUCUGACGAUGAAGAUGGCGACAUUGAGGAUAUUGACCUUGACGAUGAGGAUGACUGGGAGGACUUCACUACAGUUACUCCCCUGGCCCUCGAGAAGGAGAUUGCUGUCGAGGUUAUUGGUGAUUUGAUUAGCCACACCAAGGGCGCCUACAUUCCAUACUUCGAGAAGACAAUUGAGCUGGUUCUUCCCCUCACUGAGCAUCCCUAUGAGGGUGUUCGCAAGAGCACUAUCAGCACCAUCCACCGUGCCUACGCUACCUUGUUUGCCUUGGCUGAGGAUAACGGUCAGAUGCCAAAGUGGCAGGCCGGUCUUCCUUUGAAGGUUCAACCUCCUGUCGAGGUCAAGAAGUUUGGCGAGAUUCUCAUGACAGCCACAAUCAAAUUGUGGGCUGAAGAAAGUGAUCCGGCAACGGUUGGUGAUCUCUGCGGCAACCUUGCCGAGAACCUUCGCUACACCGGUCCGGCAUUGAUUGCCGAUGAAAAGGUUCUUACCAGUGUAGUCCAACAAGUCACUGACCUAAUCAAUAAGAAACACCCCUGUCAGCAGGACUUUGCUGAAGAUGAUGAACUUCAGGAGACUAUGGACGAGACAUCAGAGUUUGACUGGAUCGUUAUCGACCGCGCUCUUGAUGUGGUUUCUGGACUUGCCGCCGCUCUUGGCCCAGACUUCCCUCAACUCUGGAAGAUCUUCGAAAAAAGCGUCCUCCGGUUCGUCAGCAGCUCUGAGAACAUUGAGCGUGCUACCGCCGUGGGAGUUCUUGCCGAGGUGAUCACCGGAAUGAAGGAUGCUGUCACUCCUUUGACCGGUCGUUUCUUGCCUUUGCUUCUGAAGCGCCUUGAUGAUGAGGACCCACAGACCAAGUCCAACGCUGCUUACGCUACUGGACGUCUGAUUGAGGCCACUAAUGAUGCAUCUGUUAUCUCUCAUUUCCCCACCAUUCUCCAAAAGCUGGAGCCCUGCCUUCAGCAGCAAGUGUCCAGGCUGCCAGACAAUGCCACCGGCUGCUUGUCUCGUAUGAUUCUCAAGCAGCAUGACAAGGUCCCGGUAGCCGACGUGCUCCCUGCUAUUGUUAGCAUUCUUCCAUUGAAGAACGACUAUGAGGAGAACGAGCCUUUGUACAAGAUGAUUGCCCAGCUUUACAAAUGGGAGGAUCCAACUGUCCGUCAACUGACUCCUCAACUUCUUCCCGUCUUCCAGUCCGUUCUCUCUGACGAAGAUCAACUUGAGGACGAACGGCGAAAGGAAGUCAUUGAACUCGUUUCAUGGCUUAACAAAUAA